GCGACGGGACUUCCGGCGGGGAUGUCGAAGCCACGAGAGCGGUGCCGCUCUAGGCGUCUGCGUACCAGAUGCUCGGCUACCAACCUCCAGGGGGCGGCAGGAGAUCACCCGGAAUUACAGCUGAUCUCCAGGCCACAGAGAUCAGUUCCCCUGGAGGGAAUGGCUGCUUUGGAGAGUGGCUGUAGGGCAGGGUGAAGGGGUUGGUCUACGAAUCAGCACCCCGCUGGUUCGACUGACUCUCACUACAGCCAUGAGCUCAGCAGGCGGCCUUGGGCUUCAUCCUACAGAUCUCCAGGAAUUUCCCAACCCAGAGAUGUUGAUAAUCUAUGAAUGCUCAGAGGUAUCCUCACAAAAGCCACUGUGUUUGACGAUAAGGCAUUUGACUUCCUGGGAAAUGAUGCUGAGCAAAGUCCCUCUGCGACAAGUGCCCGGAACACCCUGUGUGUUUUCAAGAAGAACUUUCUUCAACCUUACUGGACAACUAGUGAACAAAAGAAAAGAAUAUUCAGAAAGAAGGAUCAUCGGGUACUCUAUGCAGGAAAUGUACGAUGUGGUAGCCGUUGUCAGUGAAUACAAAAACUUUGUUCCGUGGUGCAAAAAGUCUGAUGUGCUCUCCAAGCGUUCUGGAUACUGCAAAGCGCACAUAGAAGUAGGAUUUCCUCCUGUGAUGGAGAAAUACACUUCAGUGGUUACAUUAGUAAGACCUCACUUGGUUAAGGCGUCCUGUACAGAUGGGAAGCUAUUUAAUCAUUUGGAAACGGUGUGGCGCUUUAGUCCAGGAAUCCCUGGCUAUCCAAGAACCUGCACCUUGGAUUUUUCAAUUUCCUUUGAGUUUCGUUCUCUUCUGCAUUCUCAGCUUGCAACGCUAUUCUUUGAUGAAGUUGUUAAGCAAAUGGUUGCUGCAUUUGAAAGAAGAGCAUCCAAGUUGUAUGGUCCAGAAACCAACAUACCUCGCGAGCUGAUGUUUCAUGAAGUGCAUCACACAUAAAAAGGGAAAAUAAUUGUUAAAUUAUUUGUACAUCUUGUUUAUACAUGAAAAUUUUUUCAUGUGAGCCUCAAAUUACAUGGGGGCAUUUGCCAAUUAUGUAUAAUAUACUGCUGUACAAAACACACAGAAGGUGCAUAUGUACAUAAUAUAGAUGUUUCAAUCAAGUGCAAUUUAAGGUGCUGUGACUGAAGGGCAGCUACAAUGCACACCAAAAUUGCCUUCCACAUCUUGCCAGUUUGUACAAACGGACUCAGCACUGGCAGACCUUCUGCCUUAUUUUUGCAGUGUUUAUUUACUAUUGCAAUCCAGUUUAAGUUAUUAGUCUUUCGAACUUAUUUAUUUUUAUUAUUCACAAACCAAAGGCAGUUUUGAGAGCAAGCUUCUUUCUUGACCUGUGUAAGUUCAAGUGUGUAAUUGAAAAAAUGCUAAAGGGCUAUUUUAAAUGAUCACCAAGCAAUUACUGUACUGUAGUCGUGUGCAAGACCCCAAUGUAUGCCUGAGAGUGGAGUUCUGUGCACACAAUCAUGAAUUCAAGUUAGCAAGAGGGAAUCUAGCUGAGAUGACAAAAUGUUAGCUUGGAGCAAAAUAAGCAAAUUUUAAAGACAGAUGCAAGUAACAGUUGGGGUUAUGGGCUGACCUUUUGUGUAAUACAGUGCCUGAUUAAUAAAUUCAUGGUACAGUUUUGUUAGAAUAUUUCA